CAUGAACCACUCUUGCCCUUCUGCGUGUGUGUGUGCCACUAGUCUCUGUGUCUUUUCGGGCAGAGAAUAGAAAAGUUGGGGCAAAGUCUGAGUCAGCUCCAGCAGCUACCAGACACUCACAGCAACUCCCAUCCACAGUGACAGGUUUCUUCUCUCUCUCUCUCUCUGUGUCUCUCUCUCCUUUUUUUUUUACUGCUCUCUCAUUCACUCUCUCUCUCUCUCUUUCACACACACACACACACUCACACCACCCGUCACUCCUGGCAGAGGGAAGACAGGACCACAGGAGAACUGUUACACACCUUUACUCCCAGCUUACUCACCCAGACACCGCCAGACGCUUUGCCCAGGAUGUGGACGCUUCUCUUGGGGGUCACCUUUGGAUUACUGGCCUCCUCCAGGUCGGAACAACUUCAAGUGAAUUCCCGCGGUUGCAGUUAUGCUGGGGUCUUUAUGGCUGAGGGAGCAGGCCGUCACUCCCUGAACUUUGACAUGGCUCAAACGGUGUGUAAGCAGCUGGAGAGCGUCUUGGCGAGUCCAGAUCAAGUCCAGGUGGCCUAUGAUAAGAACAUGCAAACAUGCAGGUACGGCUGGAUCAGCAAUAUGAGCAUCGCCAUCCUCAGACACACAGAGCAUGAAAACUGCGCCAAGAACAUGACUGGCUUCAUUGUUCAGCCACAUGUAAACGCUAGCGAACCCUUCGAUGUCUACUGCUAUGAUGAUACAGCUGGGCCUGAGGAGAACUGUACGAAAAAAUUCGAAAUAAGGGGAGAAGUAGCCGCAGAUGAAGCAGCCCCUACAACAGCAGAGGAUCAGGAAGAAACCACUCCAAAAACCCGGCCUGAGGAUGCCUCUGGUAGUGAGGGAAGUGACCCCACAGCAUAUCAUGAAGAUAUGAUGGAAACCACCCCAUCGGCCACCACUGUUGCCAUAAAGCUGAGUGUGGAUGAGCCGGAGGCUUCCACGGAGGGCCCCGGUGUAGAGGAAAACCCCUCUGGAGGGAGUGAGAAUGGCAGCGUGGGAUCCACUUUCACUCCUGGAGAGUUCGAUCAGUCCACUGGAUCUGGGAUGCAACCACAUGAGGAAGAAGGACCCGCCCCUACAAUGACCCCUGUUGGAAAGGAAGAGGAAACACAGCCUCCCAGUGAAAUGGAGCCAGAGAAAGGGAAAAAAGAGCCUGACAGAGAGACUGCCAGAACAGAGCCCCCACCGAAGAAUGGUCGGGGACAGGCCCUGGCUCCUGAGCCUGAACAACAGGACAACAGCGGUUCAUCCAACUGGCUGGUAAUCAUUUUAGUGAUCGUGGCAGUGGCUGCUAUUCUUCUCGUGUGCUUAGCUGUUGCCAAAAGAAAGAGCUGGUGUGGCAAACAGCAGACCCUGAUGAUCACAGCCAAAGACGGCGGCGAAGGCAACGGUGCUGCAGCAUCAGCAUCCAGCUCCCACGCCCAGGAGAGGGAGCAGGAAAUGGUGACCCUCAUGAACAAGGAGAAGAUCCAGGAGAAUGGCAACACAGAGGAGUUCACCGUCAUCACGCUAGAGGAGUCGCCAGAUAAAGAGCAGCUGGCGUGAGAGAGGAGGGUAGUAGAGCCAGGCAGGAGAGAGUAGAUGAGGAUAGGGAGGGAUGGAAUCAGGAGAUGGUUGGGAUGGCUUGGGGCUCCAAACACUGGGGGGUAAAAACUGCUUUGGUGGUCAGCACUGGAUGGACACUGAGUAAGGGUGGGUGUUAUUAAGAGAGAUUGUCCUACUGAGGUACAAAUACUGUACUGGGUCUAAAGCUGUCGCCUCUCAGUGGGACCAGCGUGUGCAGCAUUUUGUUUGUGUGGUAUGCGAGGUUAGCUAGGACUGAAUGGCGGUCAAAGAGUGUCAUGCAGGGUGGGGUGUCAUGCAGGGUGUGUGAAUGUGUGUUGUGUCUUUGUGUUUGUGAGCUGUACACUUUGUCAGGCUGGAUAGAUGAGUUUUAAAGGGAGGGGGUGGCGAGGGUCUAAUUUGUAAAGAACACAUUGAUGCAGAUUAUUCUCUUUUUUAUAGUAUUGGUGGAUCCUAAAUUAAAGGGCCAUUCAGCCUAAAUGGGAAAUAAUGAAUCAAUGAUGAGAACUGGGUUAUAUUAUUUGAGAUAUACUGCAGAUAGAAAAAAAUAAUUUUGAACAAAACAACCCUUGAUGUUUCCCACAUGUUUCAUUUAUUUGUUUGUUUGCUUACUGUUGUAACCUUGUGUAUAUUUCUGACAUUGCCUGUGGACUGGAGAUUUUUUUUUUUUUUUUUCAAGACAACUGUCACUACCUUAAUUUAUGCAGCUUUGAUUCCCAUUUUCUCGGUCUCUGUAUAUAAAGUAUAUGUUUUGGAAAUGCCUUAGCAAUAGCUUCCAGUGCUUUUUGUUGUUUGGUAGGAAGGGGCUUUGUAUCCCUUUUUAAAAUAAAGGAAUGUGUCAUUUUUUUGAGAGUUAUUUAAAUAGAAAAGAGCACCUCCGAGGUAAAUAAUUGUGAAUGGAUUUUGCUAUAGUCGAAGUGGAGUGGAUAAUGUAUGAAUCAACUUGAUGUAUAGCAUCCAAAACUGUGCAGCUGAUGCACCAUUGAAGUCGGUUAAUAUUUAUAUUGGGUCGGGAAUGUGUUGAUAUGAAGUCCCUGAUGUUAUCCUGAGGAUAAGUAGAAUAAUAAAGAUGAUGUACAUACUAUAUACACAGUGUGUACAUUGAGUAAGGGAAAAAAAAAGAAAGAGCAAAAGAAAGAAUCGGGUGGAUUGAUAAUAAUUUUUUGAAUGCAAUACUUAAGCUCAAUCGUAAUGAAGAGAGUGACUGCAGCCUAGUGUUAGAUGCUGAACUACAUGGCACAUAUGAUAAUGGGGGGCCCGUGUGCUGUAAACACAUAGCAAUGUAAAGGUUUCUUCAUAUGAAAGGGGCUGUGACAACGUCGUCUGUGUGCUCCUGAGGGGGGAGGGGUGUGAUGAAUGAAGCUUGUGUGCUUGCCCAGGCCUCAAUGUGCCAGUCUUUGUACAUUUCACACAUGUAAACAAAAUGCUGCAGUUUUUCUACUGACCUUCUCAUUGGUGAAAUAUAUCAUACAUUGUGUCAUAUCAAUAUUAUCCCCUGUGUGACAGCCAGUUUUUCCUGGUUCGUCUGUAUAAAAACGCUGGAUUACACACAGCGGCUGCAAACUGAUGUUUUUGUCUCUGACUUGUUCCGUUUAAUUUUUUCCUGCUUUUUGCUCUUAUGAUUCAUUUUGAGGAGACGUAGCAAAUGUACUUAGUGUAGGCAGGUUUUAUGAGAAAAUUAACAAAAGAUGUCGCUGAAACGAUUUGUAAAGUCAUGAACGAAAAUAAAUGUGUAUAGAAAGAGA